GCAAGUGAGAAGUACUCGUUUUUUGUGCAGCUUUGCUUCAUUCAGUGCUGUCUCAGGUGAAAUGUCUUGAGAUAUAGGUGAUAUUCAAUCCAAUAUUCUAGCUUACGAUCUUUUUCGUACCUUUUCGAGUCUUUGCUUUUUAAUUUAACAAUCCAUCAACAAUUCCAAAUAUAACUACACUCUCGAGUCUUCAUUAUUAUGUAACAUAAGCGCCCGAUCAUUUUGCCUCAUCGCCACCUCGCCACCAACCGUUGGACGGGAAUAGCGUCUUAUUCUUCCUCCAUCGCUGUCCGGUUCUUGCAUCAUGCAGCUCAUGGCACGGUCCCUGCCGACUUGUCCGUCGGUGCGGAGAUGGGGGGGGGGGGGGCAGCAGUGCUGGGGUCGACCAUUCCCGGCCGGCGCGGCGCGGCGGUGGGAAGGCGGUAUAGAGUCGUGACCGGUCGGCCGGCCCUUCACUCCAAGCCGAGAGCCUGCCGCUAGCAGAGCUCCCUGACACGCUCCAUCCGCCGCGCAGUUCGCACCCGCCCGCCGAGCCGCCGCCAUGGUGAACAACGAUCGCGACAAGGCUGCCGAGCAGCUCAACAUCUUCAAGGAGGCUGCCGCAAAGGAGGGCAGCACAAUCAUCACCACCGGCCACGGCCAGCCGGUGGGAAAGAAGACCGCCUCGGUCAGUAUCGGUCAGCGUGGACCGCUUCUGCUGCAGGAUGUGGCCUUCAUUGACGAGAUGGCGCACUUUGACCGCGAGCGAAUCCCCGAACGAGUGGUGCAUGCCAAGGGGGCAGGCGCCUUCGGCUACCUGGAGAUCACUCACGACAUCACCCAGUACAGCUGCGCCUCCGUGUUCUCCGAGGUCGGCAAGAAGACGCCGCUGGCCAUCCGCUUUUCCACGGUUGGAGGCGAGAGCGGCUCUGCCGACACCGUGCGCGACCCGCGCGGGUUCGCCGUCAAAAUCUACACGGAGGAGGGCAACUGGGACCUGGUCGGCAAUAACACGCCCAUCUUCUUCAUCAAUGACCCCAUCAUGUUCCCGAGCUUCAUCCACACCCAGAAGAGGAACCCGGCGACGCACCUGAAGGACGCCGACAUGUUCUGGGACUUCAUCACUCUGCGGCCGGAGACGAUGCACCAGGUGUCGUUCUUGUUCUCGGACCGCGGCAUCCCUGACGGUUACCGGCACAUGAACGGAUACGGGUCGCACACCUUCAAACUGGUCAACAAGGAGGGCAACGAGUACUGGGUCAAGUUCCACUACAAGACUGACCAGGGUAUUAAGAACCUUCCCGUCGAGAAGGCCAACGAGCUGGCCGGCAGCGACCCCGACUACAGCAUCCGCGACCUGUACGACGCCAUCGAGGACGGCAAUUUCCCCUCGUGGACGCUGUCCAUCCAGGUGAUGACGCCCGAGCAGGUGGACAGCUGCGGCUUCAACCCGUUCGACCUGACGCGCAUCUGGCCGCACUCGCAGUUCCCGCUCCUGCCCGUCGGAAAGAUGGUGCUCGACCGCAACCCCAAGAACUACUUUGCCGAGGUGGAGCAGAUUGCCUUCUCGCCGGCUAACAUGCCGCCCGGCAUUGAGGCCAGUCCCGACAAAAUGCUUCAGGGUCGCCUAUUCUCGUACCCGGACACGCACCGUCACCGUCUGGGCCCUAACUACAACCAGAUCCCGGUCAACUGUCCGUACCGGGCCCGCGUCAAGAACUACCAGCGAGACGGGCCGAUGUGCGUUGACGGAAACCAGGCGGACGCGCCCAACUACUUCCCCAACAGCUUCAGCGGACCUCAGGAGUGUCCCCGCGCCAAGCAGGUGGCCACCCGGCCCAAGGUGGCCGGGGACGCUGACCGUUUCGAUGAGUUCGACUCAGACCUGAGUCAGGUGCGUGCCUUCUGGGAGAAGACCCUCAGCGCUGAGGAGCGCGCGCGGCUGGCGGACAAUAUCGGGGGACACGCCAAGGACACGCAGGCCUUCAUUCAGGCUCGCAUCGUGAAGAACUGGAGCAUGGUGUGUGAGGACUUCGGCGCCCAGAUUCGCGACGCCCUUCUGAAGCACAACACCCCGAAGCGAGCUGACGAGCUGAAGGAGCUGCUGGCGGCCGCCGCCUGAGCUGUGGAGCCUCAUCGACGUCACCAGCGGCGACAGCCAAUCAGCGUGAUCAAAUGCGGGUCACGUGAUGACCGUGGACCAAUGAACGCGAGUCUUUGACGUAUUGGUGACCCGGGAUGUAACUCAUGGGCGGUAUAGCGGUGGUGGUGCAAACCGUUCGUUUAUCUCGUCAGUGUGCGUAAUCAACGCUUCAUACCAACUGAGGUCAUAGAGGUUGCGAGGAAAUGUUAUAAUCGUUAGUCUGGAAAGGUAACGAGUUUUAAUCUAUUUACUGUUGUGUUUCGCUGUAUUUUAAGGAUGAGGUAUCUACGUCAUUUGGAAAUAAAAUAUAUUCAUUAGCAUGUC